AGGUGAAUCUAUCACAUGAUCGCUGCGGUCGCUCUGUGCUGUGCGUCUCUUCCUGAGCAGAAGGCAAGGCGGCAGCAGCAGCAGCAGCAGCAGCGGCCGGGGCUUGAUGUAAACACGCCGCACGCAGGGCUUUGUUUCACGCACUCCGCCGGUGUCCCCCCAUCUAGUCAUGCCAUGGAUAUUUUGUGGCAAUACCAGUUCAGAAUCAUUUUACUCGGGGAUUCGACGGUGGGGAAGUCGUCGUUGCUGAAACGCUUCACGGACGGUAUUUACAGUGAUGUUGCGGAUCCCACGGUCGGGGUAGAUUUCUAUGCCCGCUCGCUCGAUAUCGAGCCCGGGGUGAAAAUAAAGCUCCAGCUCUGGGACACGGCCGGCCAGGAACGAUUCAGGUCCAUCACGACAUCCUACUACCGUAACUCCGUGGGCGGGCUUCUGGUCUUUGAUCUCACCAAUCGCAAGACCUUUGACCAUGUGAGGGAGUGGCACAAGGAGGUGAGUGAGCACAUCCUGCCCCACCACAUGGUCUACAUCCUCAUCGGCCACAAGAGCGACCUCAACAAGGACCGCAAGGUGAGCCGGGAUGAGGCGGAGCAGCUGGCGGCCGAGAUGGGCAUCCGAUACGUGGAGACAUCGGCCAAGUGCAACAGCAACGUGGACCGGGCCUUCGAGCUGCUGACCAGAGACAUCUACGAGCUGAUGAAGAUGGGGGAGAUUGUCACCCGCGACGGCUGGGACGGCGUGAAGAGUGGCCUCACUGCCAAGGUUCUCUACCCGGCCGACGACGAAGAGGAACUACCUACGGCGGUCGCUGAAAAGGGCUGCCACUGCUGACUGUGAAUUCUCGGCGUCCAAACGCUGCCCCCUCCCCCCCCACCCCCCAUCACACCGAGAGCUCCACUCGUCUCACAGCUGUCCAUCGAAACCAAGUCACUCAGGCUCAGCAGUCAGCACCCUACGAUAUCGCCAUCCAUCACCUCCUCACCUUGUGCUUCGUGCCCUCUCUCUGUGUUCUUCUGACAACUGGGGUUCUUUUCUAACACGGGGGGGCAUUGUACAUCCUGAUGCGUAUCUUAUAGGCAACGUUGUAUCUCUAAAUCCAUGUGGUGUGUAUAGCAUAAGCUGAGCUGUUUUUGGCCUUGGUAGAUUUGUAAAAACACAGAAAGUGUGCAGAAGGGAUCAUGUCUUGGGGCUUAGAGCCCUCGAGUUAAUGGACUCCACUGAAGAUAAAGAUACAUUUCAUACAGCACUAUUGUGGGUUUCUACCUGUCAACGUUUGUGCAAUGCUUUGCCUGCAAUCUUUUGUGACUUUAAUAUUGUAAAUAAUAGUGAAAUCUAUUUGAAAAAGGUGACGAGAGCCAAAAGGUUACUGUAAGCUAUUUAAAGGCAGGGUUGGUAAUGUUGAAAAGCUAGCAAGACUUGAAAGUAGCAUCUCGUCGGGGCUCCGUCUAACCCCUCCCCCUGCCCUCAGGGCUCCGUCUAACCCCUCCACCUGCCUUCAGGGCUUCAUUUAACCCCUCCCCCUGCCCUCAGGGCUCCGUCCAACCCCUCCCCCUGCCUUCAGGGCUUCAUCUAACCCCUCCCCCUGCCCUCAGGGCUCCGUCUAACCCCUCCCCCUGCCCUCAGGGCUCCGUCUAACCCCUCCCCUUGCCCUCGGGGCUGCAUCUAACCCCUCCCGCUGCCCUCAGGGCUCCGUCUAACCCCUCCCCCUGCCCUCGGGGCUGCGUCUAACCCCUCUCCCUGCCCUCUGGGCUCUGUUUAACCCUUCCCCCUGCCCUCUGGGCUCUGUUUAACCCCUCCCCCUGCCCUCUGGGCUCCGACCCAUACACAGAUGUGCACACGCACCGCUGAUUCGCUGCUUCUGUGCACAGCGGAAAGAGGAACCCAAUUUUACUUAAUGUCUCAUUCACCGGUAAGCAAACAGCUAAUAUUAUCACACAAAUGUUUAAAACAAACAUGACUGCUGUUAGCAAUGUGGCGACGCGCAUUGAGCUCAGACUCGUACGGGUAGAGUACGAGCAGCGGGGCAAGGAGGCAUUUCAUUGGUUCUUUCCUAGCGGACCGCGAGGCAGUGAUUGGUGGGCGUUUUUACAGGAUGACAGCUGCUAAAGAUGACAGAUCUUUUUUGCUCCUUUUCCAGAGCACAUCAGUUAUUUAUUGCUGUCGGGGUGUAAAGACCAUUUCAAGCAAUAUAUAAAAAAGUGUAUUUCGGAAAUACUUACCAACCCUGCCUUUACUUGCUAGGGUAAAAAGACACAGUGCACUCCACAGUAAGUGUCACCAUGUUAAAUCAAUGUGCUCCUCCUGCUACUGUAAGCUGUAUGUGCACUUGCGCCAAACUGACUUAAACCUUUGUUCACUCUGUAAAUAGAUGAAUAAGUUUUUGUAAAGAAAUAUAGAUUAUUUCUAGUUAAGGUGUAUAAAUAAAGGUCAAUGUAUUUAGGGUAGGUGGUCCCAUUUGGGUAUUUGUAUCAUAGCAUAAACAGGAGCAAGACAUCAAGUAUGUUACCUCUCAGUCAUCAGACCUUUAAUGACGUCCUCAACAGUAGCAAAGAUGUGUUUGACUUAGAACAAAAGGGAGUUAGAAUUUCGUCUGCAGUUGUUUGUAGCUUAUGCAAACAGCUGUUUAUUUUGUUCAAAGCUUAAUUCACAAAAAUAAUAUAAAAGCCUAUACUUUAUGCAAUGUUCCAGUGGGGUCAGUAAGAAAUUUUGGUUCAGGUCUGGAAAAAAGUCAGGCUUCCAAGUAGAAAACCUUGGCAACAUGUAUCAACCCUGAGAUGAAACAUUGUCAUUGCAGCAUAUAUUGCAAAAGCUAAUUAGCAUAUAUAUACAUGGUUUUUACAGUCCUCCAAACCCAUUACAGUUUAGGAUUGAGUUUUGGCUUUUCCUGCCUGACAAAAUGCUUGAUUUGAUCUCUGCAGGGCCUUAAACGAAUAGUUCAGGUAGCGUCUUCGCUGUCUUUGCGAGAGUUGGAUCAGAAUAUUGAUAUCCAUCUUAGACAUGAGACAGUUAUCAAUCCUCUCAUCUAACUCUCUCAAAGGAAGCAAAUAAGUGAGUAUUUCCCAAAAUGUUGAAAUGUGUCCUUAAAAUCAAAAUGCCUGUUCUUACUCGUAAAACUCUUGACAGAAGUGAUUGCCUGCAUCCAUUGACUUUUCAAGGCCAGAGUCCAUUGUUCUUUUUUGUUUAUUUUUUAGGUUUUAUAUCAUUUUGUAACUUCCGAAUAGUGGUGCUCAUGUAUUCAUAUCCAACAUUCAUAUUUUCGAGUAUGUUUUGAGUAUGUUUUAGCAUCAAAAUGCUGUUUCCCAAACCCUUCUAAGAACUUAUGCCAUUGUGGUUACUGUCUGAUGGCGUUGCUUCAGUACAGUAUAGUAGGCAUACAGUACAGUACAGUAGUAGGCGUACAAUACAGUAUAGUAGGCCUACAGUACAGUAUAGUAGGUGUACAGUACAGAAUAGUAGGCCUUCAGUACAGUAUAGUAGGUGUACAGUACAGAAUAGUAGGCCUUCAGUACAGCAUAGUAGGCAUACAGUACAGUACAGCAUAGCAGGCGUACAGUAUAGUAGGCCUACAUUAAAGUACACUAUAGUACAGUAAGUUGGGUGGCGGUCGGCACGGCAGCCCCAUGUUUUUGGUGAAGCAGACAGGAAGCUAAGCAAUGUACUGCUGUGGACGCCACGUUAAUCUCUAUCUUUUUAAGCGUACGCCAUAUUUAGAAUAUUUUCACCGCUUUACCUUGCUGCCAGAUGGCGCUUUCCAACGGGGAACUGAAGCCGUUAUCUAUGCUCUCUUCAAAUCCCCCGGACUUAUUUGACAAAAAAACAGCAAUUUUACCUCGCAGAACACCCGCCAACACUGCCUAACGCGGCGUCCCCAGCAGUACAUUUCAACUGUCUGUUAUUUCCAAACUUAGCACAGCUAACGUUGACUCAGCUGGUGCUAGUGUUCACAUUCAUAACCUAAUUGAUUAGCUUACUGUGGUAACCUACGUCACUGCUUUUUGCUCAGGCUGAGUGGGCGUUUCCAUUUGAAAAAUCUUGAAAAUGAACGCACAUGGACUCAGCCUUUAACCCUAAUAUACAGUAAAUCUCAAUUUUAAAGCUGCACUUAAAGUUGCUGAAAUUCUUUGUUAACUAAGAAUUGUUGACAUACCAUACAUAACUUAAGCUGUUACAUGGGUAAGAGUAUUUAGGAUUUACCGCCUUGUGUUGUGACAAUAAUCCCAGCUGUAAUGGAGCCUGUGAUGGUCAGUGAGCUGCAUUUAUGAUGAAUGCAUGUCUGCCCACACCACUUCCAAACAUAGCAGUAGUUACCUUUAACACAGAGGAUCAUAUCAAGCCUCCUAAAGGCUUUUGACUGCAGACGCUAUUAAUCUGUUGUUUACAGGCCUGGAGAGUAGCCUACUAUAGACCAGUGGUUCCCAAAGUGGGGUCCCUCAGGGGUCCUUGAGGGGGUCCCCAGCAAAAAGGGUAAUCAUUUAUUUGAACUAUAAUUCCAUCCACAAGUAACACAAUGUAUGACUUUGUUGGUCAUGGUUAACACUUUCUGUAAUAAUACAUCUCGGAGGGGUAGGGGGGGUGCUAUAGACUAAAGUACACCCCCCCCCCCCUUCAUCUUUCACCAGCAUCAUGUAAAAACACCUGUUCACACCCACACUGUAAACUGCAGGAGAUUAUACAUUCUGGAGUUUUUACUUUGCAUCCAUGUGACUAAAUUGACUUUUUUUAUUAUCUAUGACUAGUUAAAGCUGUAUGGGUGAACCAGUAAUUCUACGUUAAUACAUCCGCACCAUCCCUUUAUUUGUACUUCUCGCUACAGAUUCAAACUGUAUGCUUCCUUGUUAUAGCUGUUAUAGCCAGGUUUAAAUACAGUAUGCUACAGUAUGUACACUGUAUGUGAUUUUGUUCCUCUGACAAUCAGAUGUUAACAUUUUGUGUGCUCGGCCCAGGUGAGGACUUCAUCACAUGCCACAUGCCACAUGCCUUGAAAUCUGGUUAAAUGUUCUCGCAGCAUCCCAAAUCACCAUUUGACAACCAGUCUGUGUUUAAUACUACAACUACCUUUCUCACUUUUGUCUCUUGUCAGAACAGGGUUAAAGUGUAUGAUAUCGUUUGAAUUUGUAUGUUGAUUACUGUGCUGUUAGCAAACUGAUCUCAAGUGAGCCUGAUUCCAAUUCCUGAGCACUGCACAUCAGAAGGGCCCGUUGCACUGCACCAUGUGAAGAUGGCCACCGCCGAGCGUUGGAAAACACCGGUUACAUUUAAAGGAAAACACUGGAAAGACACCAAGAAGAAAAGGCUUUUUGACAGACUGAAAUUGCUUAUUAGUCAUCAACUAUUACUAGACACUUCUUUAUCCAGCAAUGAUAUAAACCUAUAGUUAAAAAUGAUGAAUACAAUGGGCUAAUCAUAGAAUUUACAACAGUGACCAUCAUGUGUAACAAAGAUGGUGGCCACAGUCAUCCAGCCUCUCUCUUAAUGUAAUCUUAAAGCAGUAGUUCAACAUUUUGGGAAACACACGUAUUUGCUUUCUUUCUGAGAAUUAGCUGAGAAGAUUGGAACCACUAAGUACAGAACUGGAGCCAGGAGGCGAUUAGCCUAGCUAGGCGUACAAACUGGAAGCAGGGGGGGACAUCUAGCCUGGAUCGGUCUAAAAUUCACAAUACGCCCAUCAACACCCUAAAACCUAAAACUCAUGAAUUAAUGAGUUUACGGUUUGUUUACGGAUGGGUAAAUAUGACAGAAAUAUUGGGCGGAUGGAUAAACUGUUUGUCAGGAAAUAGUUCCAGCAUGUAACUCCCAGUAAAACCACAAAUUCUGUCUGCGUUCUGUUUGUGUACAGGUUAAUUUCCCAAAAUGUUGAAAUAUGCCUUUAAUGGUGGUGUGCUUUUUAUGUAUGUCCACAGGAAUGAUCAAACCAACCCACUGAUAGGGCUUCUGUACCAGAAAACAUCCGCAGCUGUAAGGCCUGCAGGAUGGUACAGAGCACCAAACUGUUCAGCUCUUGAUCCCCAUGGUCACAUCACACAGCUUAUACAAUUAUUUUAUACAUCAUGUAUAAGGGAUAUAUGCCUUUUAUUUGAUGUGAUUUUAUUGAUUGGUUAAAAAAAUAAAUAGAUGUACAAUGAG